GGGAGGGAGAGCGGGGAAGGGAUGGAGGCGACGAUGGCGGAGCUCCUCGUCUGCGAGCGGUUCCACCCGCGGCACGACCCCCGCUGGCUCCUGGAGCUGCCGCCCUCGCCGCUUUGCUUGGCGUGCGCCAUUGAGACGCUCCAGGAUGGCGGGGCCUCGCUAGUACGCAAGAAACAUGUGCUUUCCUGCCUUCGGGAUGUUCUGAUUCGGCAUGCAACCCUGGUCAUGCCAUUGCUUGCACAAGACGAAAGAGUGUGUGCUCAUUUCAUAGCAACUUUGUUUGAGAUAUUGCAAACGGUGGAAGAUGGCAGUGUACUGGAUUUACUCAUUGAAGUUUUGGUACUGCUGGUAGUAGGACUGAAGUUGGAGCGGUACCUGCACUAUCUAUUGGAUGAAUGCCAGAAAGAGUUAUGCAAGGUAGCAGCUACAAGAAGCAGCUUGCCCAUGUUUAUUCUUCUUGGAAAACUGGCAGACUCCAUCCCAAUUUUUGCUGAUGUAUGGGUGGUUGAACACAGUAACAUGAUGGAGCAUCUGGCUGCAGGUUUGAUGUACCCAAAUGAGAGCAUAAAGGCUGCUGUAUGUUAUCUUUAUGGCAAGCUGUACUCUGUCCCCAGUGCUGCAGAGAGGCUGUUUGUUCAUUUCACAGAGAGGCUGUGUGGCCUCUUUCUGACUACUCUAAAGAAUUCACAGACCAAGGAGCUGCAAGUUAACUGUAUGGGUUUGCUAAAGCAGCUACUGAAAUAUGAUAAGUUUGUUUCAUUUAUUAUGAGUAAUUCAGGAAAAGGAGCAGAUUCUGCAAGCCCAGAGUUGUUUGAGCGAGAAAGUCCAUUACCUUUAAUGAUCAAGAAGCUGUUAUUGUCUAGAGAUGAGGUAUUACAGGUAGCAAGUGCUCAGUGUAUGGCUGCUGUACUGGUGCAUUCUCCAGCAACAUAUGCUCCUGCCUUUAUCAAUGCCGAUAUCCCAGAGUUCCUGUUUGAGUGUCUCUUCUGCAUGAGCGAAAUUCUCACCUGGUCAAUUUAUUGCUGCCUGCUGCUGCUGACUGAGGAACAGCUUUUCUUUUCCAAGUGUCACACUGUCUAUGGCAUUGAACCCAUUUUAAGGAGCCUGAAAGAAAUCUUGCAUCUCAAUAAUGUGGAAUUGCAAAAGCAGGGCCUUCUACUUUUCACUGAAAUUUUAAAAUGGCAGCCAGCAGAAAUCAAAUUAUUUACAAAUACCUCUGUCUUUAAAAAUGCAGUUAGUGUUCUUCUAGAAGCUUUAAACUGUCCUAUUCUUGAAGUAGCAGCUGAAGCUGUGAAAGCUGUGGCUGCAAUACUGAGAAAGGAUCAUGUGACCAUCCCACCCGUACUAUACAGAGAGUUACAGAAGCUGGUCGAAGGUGUAUUAAAACGAUGUAGUGAUCUUCCACUGCCAAUUCUUAAUAGGAGGCUCAUGGGUCAACCGGGCAGCAGACAUCAGAACAAAACAGUUUCACAGCAGGGACAGUUCCUGCAGAGUGCUUUAGAAAGCUUCAGAAAUGCUUGUAGAUUAGCUGUGGAAUCACAAAACGACCCUGUGGCUCAGGAGAAUUCUUUCACUGCUCCCAACUCAGAGAAUGAAGAUACACUGAAAAGCUUUUCUGAGUUUCUGCUGAGGAUCUCUGACUCUCUUUGCAUUCCCAUAGUCAUGAAAUAUUCUGAAAAAGCUGUCCACCCAGCUCUCAUGGAAGUCUUAAUUUCGACCCUCAACAUCUUAUUCAGUGUUAUGCCAGACUCAAGUAAGAGAUUCUCCAUGAAGCUGGCAUCUUCCUCUUUCAUCCAACUGAACCUGGAGCUGAAGGCCAAAUUCUGCACUGCACAAAGUAACCCUGGUUUGAAUCAUGCUUGUUCAAGUUUCCUGCAUAGCAUAUGCCUCAAUCUUCAUUCAUCCUCAAAGAAGCCGGAGGAUUCUUCCCAAGAGGUGCAUGACCUAUCAGAACUUUUGCAAAAGAGUCUGCCACAGUUAAACUUCGGGAUACAGGAAAGCCUCAGCCUCUUAUCUGAGACCCCAGAAUCUUUCUGUUUAGAUGAAACUCUUCGUAGUCACCAGUAUAGUCUCCUGCUUCUUUUCUACUUUGCUUUUAGUCAGGGAGACAAAUUUGUUCCAGAAACAGAGCUUUUCUCAGCUAUGAGAAGUUUUCUUCUGUCAAUCCAAGACCAAGGAGACUGUCCACCCCCAUAUGUCUUCAAAGCUGUUUUGUACCUUCUGGCAAUCUGUCAAGACAAGACUGAAGCUUUAGACUUGGCUUCGCUCUCUGCUAUAAGGAGGAUCCUGGAUAGUAUAUCUGAUCUGAGCCUGGUGUAUGUCCAUCAUCCUCUGCUCCUCAAUUUUUUUUUACGCUAUCCUGAAUUUAUGGGAAGAUUUGGUCACCGCAUCCUUCAUCUAUGGCUUUCCUGUGAAGACUACAGCCACACUGAAUCUGAAGAUACUGACAAAAGACUCUCUGCUGGCUUUUCUGACUCCUUAAACAACUUUAACAGUUUGCUUUGCAUGCUGAAGGGCAAUCUGAGUGCUUUGCUUGUCUUGCUGGAUCUAGUCUGUGUUGGCACCAGUGAAGUAGCCCACAAAGUCCUCAUUACCCUGAAGGCCUUCCUGAAAAUAGAUGAGAAUGUUCAUGUCUGUGACCUCCUUCGAAGCCAAUUUCUACAGAUUCUGCAGAAUCUUCUGGUAGAAAACAAUUCCAGCGUUUUGCAAGUCAACCAGGCCCAGCCCCUUUUACUGAACCUCCUCUUCCUGGUUCAACUCAGGCAUGCGACAGAAAGAGAGCUGGACAGCACGGACUUCAGAUUGCUUCAUCUGGUCAGCAAUUUGUCUGGAAAAUGCAGCCCAACAGACCAUGAAAUUCUGCAUCCGUCCCUCAACUACCUGUAUUGGAGCCUUCAGCAGACAACACCAGCCAGCCAGAAAACAGUGGUGGCUAUGUUAUUUUCCAACACACCUUUGCUAGAGCUACUUGAGAAAAUUAUCCAUCUCACUUGGUUGCCAACCUGUUCUUCAGAACCUGCUUUGCCCUCAUCCAGUGAAGCACUUCUCUGCUCUGCUUGGCUGCUGAUUUCUUCUCUCUUGACUCAACAACACAUUUACAACACAGAGGUUGAUCAUGUCAUCUGCCUUGAUGUGGACCAGGUCUUCAGCGCACUUGCCUUCAAGAGGAAGAAACCCACCCUGUUCUUUGUCAGCAUCCUUCAGUUUCUGAGAGCCUUCUUUAGGCAGAACCUCUGCUCAUCAUUUGUGAAGUUUGCUGUCCGGUCUACAGAUGAACAUGGGAAUGAACUGCCACAGUCAGAAGGGGAUGCCUCUCUGUGUCCAGUAGCCAUGCGGCAUGUAGUGUCCUUGGUUAUUCGUCUACAGAACCUCCUGCUCCAGAAGGACCUUUUGCUGUCUCAAACUGUUAUUGGCUGUCUUGAAGUUUUGUUGGAAUACAUGUAUUCGAGAAACCCGAUCACUGCAUCCCAUAUUGUCUCACAACCAUGGAAUAAAUUCCUGCUGAUCUCUCUCCUAGAUAGUGUUGAUAAUUCAUUUCUUCACCCAGAAAUUCUAAGACUAGUUGCUUUGUUUAUAAGGUAUCAGAACACUAGAAUUAUUUCUCCAAUUGAAAUUGGCCGCAUACUUGAAGAAGCAGCUAGUACUAAAUUGCCAGAACUUUCUGAUGUCACAAUCAGCGCACUUCGCUCCUUUCUUGUUCAGCUUCAAAGGGGAAAAUGUCAGGUGGAUUCAACUCAAGCAGCAUCUGUUCAGACCUUGCUGGAGAGCCUCCCGUCAACAAGCAGGAGUCAGCCGACCUUUCCAGGCAUGAUAUGUCUUGGAGGAGUGGCAGUUUCUCUCUCACAUAUCAGAGACUGAAAUGAGGAAGCAAACAAUACUGAGCAGAGAACAUAAUGAAUAAAGCAACUUGCCUUUAUAAUUUCUUACCAGCCAAAGGCUUAAAGGAAUAUAAUACAAGUGAUUAAAGCCUACAGAAGUGAUUUUGUUAUCUAGUCGGUAGUUUAUGUUUAAACUUGUAAAUUAAAAACUUUAAAUCUG